AUGAAUCGCUAUCCUGUCGUGGCCGAACUAUUACGAGAUGCCCAACACUACUUCCUGAUGAACAGCCAAUUACUUGAUGAGACACCCCUCCAAAUCUAUUUUGCAGGUCUGAUUUUCGCACCUCAUGAGUCAAUAACACGUGAAACGUUUGAACAGUACAUCCCUUCCUGUAUAUGCCGGUUGCCUGAGACUGAAACAGCAUGGGACACAAAAUUGCAGUUUCUUGAAGGCCAUUCAGAUUAUGUUGCUUCCGUUAAAUUUUCCUAUGAUAAUCAAAUCUUGGCUUCAGGUUCUUUCAACCAAAUGAUGCGGCUUUGGGGCGCUAAGACGGGUGCGCUUCGCCACACUCUCAAGGAACAUCUGGACGUGGUGAAAUCCGGUUCCUUUUCACCUGACGGUCAGCUAUUAGCCUCAGGCUCUAGAGACAAAGCUCUGCGGAUAUGGGAUAUAGCGACUGGUGCACUUCAGCAGACCAUUGAGGGCCAUUCAGAAGACAUCAAUUCCGUAUCUAUCUCGCCUGACAGCUGUCUAGUAACCACAGGGUCGGACAAUAUAGUCCGGCUCUGGAAUAUCAUAGCAGGGGAGCUCCAGCAAACUCUUGACGGCUACUCGAAGGGAGUCAAUUUGGUUGCCUUUUCACCCAAUGGGCAAUUAGUAGUAUCAGGCUGUGAUUAUCGGACAGUGCGACUUUGGGAUCUGGCGAAGAAGCUGCUAGCAACUUAA